CUAGCCUCUUAGCCAUGGCUAUUCUUCUUAACUCCAAGCUCUUCAUUUGCAUUGUUGUUCUAAUGUCUUUUGUUUCUCAUCCAUUUGCUUCUGAUCUAAUUAAGAUGGUGGUUCCCUCAGCUGUUUGUGAUCUUGAUGAUUCCAAGAUGAUAUCAAGUCCCUAUGAUCUCAAGGAGAAGGUGAUUCCUUCAGCUUCUUCCUUUGAUGUCAUUGAAAUGGUGGUUCCUUCAACCUCCUAUGAUCUUGACUCCAAGUCACUCAAGAGGAAUCCCGACCUUGUUGUUUCAAAAGACGGUACCGGUGACUUCAAGACCAUAAACGAAGCAGUUGCGGCAGCACCAAACUUAAGCAAAACACGUUUUAUCAUAUUCGUGAAAAAGGGAAUAUACGACGAAAUCGUUAAGAUUGGCACGGAGAAAACAAACCUAAGCCUUGUUGGAGAGGGAAGAGAUUCAACAAUCAUUACUGGAAGUUUAAACGUGAAAGACGGUACUAAAACAUAUGAUUCGGCAACACUAGCCAUCGAUGGUAGUGGGUUCAUAGGCCAAGAUCUUUGUAUCCGGAACACGGCUGGUCCGGAGAAGGAUGCGGCUGUCGCCCUUCGAGUGAGCGGUGAUCAAGUUGUCUUCUACCGUUGUGACAUUGUAGGGUACCAGGAUACGCUAUACGCCCAUUCAAAAAGACAGUUCUAUCGAGAUUGCUACAUCACGGGCACAGUGGACUUCAUUUGCGGUCAAGCAUCGGCCGUGUUCCAAUAUUGCCGUAUCGAGGUCCGAAAACCAAUUGCAAAACAAAGCAACGUGAUAACUGCUCAAAAGCGUGACCUCAAGAGCUUAGAGUCGUGUUUUACAAUUCAGAAGUGUAACAUCACGGCUAGUAAAGAUCUUGUUCCAGUUAAAGGAACGGUGAAGUCGUAUCUUGGAAGACCAUGGGGUGUGUUGUCAAGAGUAGUCUUCAUGGAGUCGUUUAUCGACGAUCUUAUCGAUCCUGCGGGUUGGAUCCCAUGGGACAGCGACAUUACCCGCCUAUCCACUCUCUAUUACGGGGAAUAUGAGAAUACCGGACCUGGAGCGGAUACAACAAAGCGAGUUCAGUGGAAGGGUUUUAGAAAGAUUACUGAUCCAAAGGAAGCAGCAAACUUCACGGUAGGAGAGCUCCUUGAGGGACAUUUGUGGUUGAACUCAACCGGUGUUCCUUAUGACAUAGGUCUUUAGUUACAUCGUCUUUAUGAUGUUGUCGACGUUGUUUUAACGUGUAAACCUACUACUCUAUAUAAUGAGUGCUAUCUACUAGGAACAAAAGAUAUGUGGUACCCAUAUUAUCA